AAAGUGGAGCUGCACGGCAAAGUGAUGGAAGUGGAUUAUUCCGUGCCCAAAAAGCUCAGGAGCAGGAAGAUCCAGAUCCGAAACAUCCCCCCCCACCUACAGUGGGAGGUGCUGGAUGGCCUCUUAGCUCAGUACGGCACGGUGGAGAAUGUAGAGCAAGUGAACACAGACACAGAAACUGCCGUUGUCAACGUGACUUACGCGACCAAGGAGGAGGCAAAAGUAGCAAUAGAGAAGCUGAGCGACCACCAGUUUGAGAACUAUUCCUUCAAGAUUUCCUACAUCCCGGAUGAAGAGGUGAGCUCCCCUCCGCCCCCGCAGCGAUCCCGCCGUGGGGGCCACUCUUCCAGGGAGCGGGGCUCCUCCCCGGGGGGCUCCUCGCAGCCCAAACAGCUCGAUUUCCCACUGCGGAUGCUGGUGCCCACGCAGUUUGUUGGUGCGAUCAUAGGAAAGGAGGGCUUGACCAUAAAGAACCUUACUAAGCAAACCCAGUCCAAGGUUGACAUCCAUCGGAAGGAGAACGCCGGCGCUGCCGAGAAGCCCAUCACCAUCCACGCCACCCCGGAGGGGUGCUCGGAAGCGUGCCGCAUGAUCCUGGACAUCAUGAAGAAGGAGGCUGAUGAAACUAAAUCAGCAGAAGAGAUUCCUUUGAAAAUCCUGGCACACAACAGCCUGGUGGGGAGGUUGAUUGGCAAGGAGGGCCGCAACCUCAAGAAGAUUGAGCAGGACACGGGCACAAAGAUCACCAUCUCCCCUUUGCAGGAUUUGACCAUCUACAACCCUGAGCGCACCAUCACGGUGAAGGGCAGCACGGAGGCCUGCUCCAACGCUGAGGUGGAGAUCAUGAAGAAGCUGCGCGAGGCCUACGAGAAUGACAUGGUGGCCGUCAACCAACAGGCCAACCUGAUCCCAGGACUGAACCUCAGUGCUUUGGGCAUCUUCUCCACAGGGCUGUCCAUGCUCCCGUCCACCCCAGGGGCCCGAGGGGCUGCAGCUGCCACCCCCUACCACCCCUUUGCACAGCAGAGCAGCAGGAGGAGGACGGGCUCCUCAGCCUAUCUGUCGAGUCUGUACGGAGCCCCCCCAGCCAGCGCCUUCCCCCAUCAACACCCCCUGCCGGAGCAGGAGGUUGUGAACUUGUUCAUCCCAACACAGGCAGUGGGGGCCAUCAUCGGGAAGAAGGGACAGCACAUCAAGCAGCUAGCACGGUUUGCUGGUGCCUCCAUCAAGAUCGCCCCGGCAGAAGGUCCAGAUGCCAGCGAGCGCAUGGUGAUCAUCACGGGGCCACCCGAGGCUCAGUUCAAGGCCCAGGGGCGAAUAUUUGGGAAGCUGAAAGAGGAAAACUUCUUUAACCCGAAAGAAGAAGUGAAGCUCGAAGCCCACAUCAAGGUGCCUUCCUUCGCCGCCGGCCGUGUCAUCGGCAAAGGUGGCAAGACGGUGAACGAACUGCAGAACUUAACGAGCGCAGAAGUCAUUGUGCCCAGAGACCAAACUCCGGACGAGAACGAGGAGGUCAUUGUCAAAAUCAUUGGGCAUUUCUUUGCCAGUCAGACUGCCCAGCGCAAGAUCAGGGAAAUCGUGCAGCAGGUGAAGCAGCAGGAGCACAAACACGCUGAGGGAGCCGCGGCCUCGCAGCACAGCAAGUGAGGCUCCCGCCAGCACCGCCUGACGAAUGUAACCCCCCGCCACUGCCGGAGCCCCGCAGGUUAGGGGACAAACCAAAGACCCCCGCGCCCCCCGGCAGCGCAGAACCGGGGCACGGGGGGCUCUCUCCAUCCCGCAGCUUCCGCCUUACUCCAUCGCCUCCCCCGCCCUGCCCCCGGCAGUUGGACUAACACAGGUAGAGAGAGGUGGUUUUUAUUUUGGAAUUCUCCCCAAACCUGCCCAUUCCACCCCGCAGGAGCUCGCCCAGCCUAGGGGGCCGCGGCGCUCGUUAAUUUAGAAUUAAUAUAUCAGUAACAAAACUAACGCCGAUUUUUAAGUUUUGUAAGAUUUUAUUUUUUAACUCACCUUUUUAAAUUUUUUGAGGGGAGGGGGCUGUUUGUUUUUUAGCAAAAGCAGGCUUUUCUAGAGGUUUAAUGGCAGGAGCUGGUUCAUUGGUUCUCUAAUGCACCGUAGAGCAGAGCUGUAGGAUCGCCAGCAGGGAAAAAGAAAUACUAAAUAACUGUUAAAAAGCAAUUUCUGAAGGGCUUUGAGAAUAGCAGGGCCUGUAGGAGCCAAGAAGAUUCCUCAUGUUCAUUGUUCCCCUCCUUCACACACCUUUUCCUCUUUGCUUUUGACUCCAAAAGCGGGAUUCGCAUCUGUUCUGUCUGUCCUCUCUCCAUCACCGCCCAGCACUGACAUCCCUGGAAAAUUAAGGGCAGCACCAGCCCUGCCCGCUUUGGACUGGGAUCUUUGGGGAAAGAUCCCUGUUGCAGGGAGAGGAGGGGGAAAUGGGUGAAAAAAAAUGGAUUUACAAGAGGUUGUCAGCCCAGGGCUGGAAAACCCAACCAGCAAAAUUGGCUUCAAAUGAAAAAUAACCCAAAUAACCCUCCCAACACACACACACACACACAGAGAAAAACUACCUCAGGUUUUCAUACCUCAGCACCUUGCGCUUGUGUUGCCCUUUUAGAGAUUUUUGUAUGCCUUGUAAAACUGAUAGUUGGAGCAUUUUUUUAUUUUUGUAAUAAAAAAAAAACGAGUUGGAAAAAUGAUCUCGACCAAGUCAGCUGCGAGGUGGAAGAAGGAAACCAUUCCCCGUGUCCCAGAGCUCUUCCGUAGUCUCCUGCAAACCGAGAGCCAGUGGCUGUUCCUUCGGAGAAAGCUUGAGAAAUGGAUAAAAAGAAAAAAAAAAACACCAAAAAAAAAAAAAGGGAAAAAUUAAAAAGCCAAACACAAAAACAAAAGGGUUUAAUGAAAUCCAAGUGAUGGAUGGAAGUGGUGAAAGCCGAUGGGCAAGAGCAGGGGUGGGAGCAGAGGUGCCGGUGCCAGCACCGCUCCUGUGGGCUGCGAAUCCGUGUUUUCCUCUACUGCAAAGUGUUCUGUGAAAAACAACCGACAAAAAAGAGAAAUAUAUCCAGCUAACCAGAGCCUGA